AUGCCGCCGCCAGUCUCCAAACCUAGCCUCAAGCCCAAGCGGCACCAUUUCUACCAGGUCUUCCUAUUUAUUCUGGGGACGCUCUUUCCUCCGCUAGCUGUCGCUGCGAGAUUUGGCAUUGGAGGAGACUUCUUCCUCAAUCUUAUCCUCACUAUCUGCGGCUACAUUCCCGGUCAUGCCCACAACUUCUACAUCCAGAACAUCCGAAACAACAAAAACCACAGACGAACCCCCAAGUGGGCCCAAAGAUAUGGCCUCAUCGAUACCUCUACGAUCCAGCGGCACCAGAAGCGCUCAGAAUGGGCGCAGCGGUACAACGAGCGUUUACCGCACUCGGCGCUGCAAGGGCAGCCCUACGAGGAGGGCGAGCGGGGCUCAUCGAGCAUCGACGUGAGUCUCGAGGGGGAGGGCGCAGACAGGGCCAACAACCGCGGCGAAUUCUGGCGACCGGAGGACGAGCAGUACUACGGUCAACGAAACGGCGAUCGGGCUAGUGUCCAGACAGCGGGCAGCAGCCGAUGGCAUUACCCCGCCAACUUCGAGGAUACUAUCCCGGUUGCUCCUGUCAAGAAGAAGAAGGUCAAGAAGGACAGGUUCGCGAGGACAGAGGAUGCGUAUAACAUGCCUGAGGAGGGGCGGAAGAAGAGGAAGAAGAAGAGACGUUCCACUGUCGGCGAGACCGACUCUACAUAUUCUAGGAGGACAGAGUCGACUUCCGAUUUCCCUGAAGAUGCCGAAGGAGGUCUCUACGGGGAUCGUCCAUCCCGCCCUCGGGAGGAGGCGCCACCCAAUGGUCGCACUAACACGGAUGAAGAACUAUUCACGCAUGAAUUCUGA